UUACUGAGCAACAGGAGGAAACUUGCACAUCUUAUAGAGCGGAUGUUUCCACUCCGCACUUACAUCUUGUGUUCUGUUCAUCUUUGCUCCGUAAGAUAUAUCUUUGUGGCGUUGUAGCUGCUGAAAGCUGUCGGUUGGUGGAUUUGUAGUUUGUGUCGCAUUGUGUUUUAAUUGUAUAAAUUUGUAAAUUAAAAUUUGUUAUGAUUAUUGUGGAAACAGACUAGAAAAUGAACAUGUCCGCCUUAUUUGCGUGCUCUAAGUGUUUCUCGAGGCAUCCUUUCGAGGAACUCUCCGUUGGCCAACAGUUGUGCAAAGAAUGCCGUGGCGCUUUUCCUGUUGUGAAGUGUACUUACUGCAGGUCUGAAUUUCAGCAGACAAGUAAAGGAAGCCCCAGUGCAAUUUGUAAAAAAUGUGAGCAGAAUGUAAAGCAGUUUGGUAAACCUUCAGCUUGUGAAUAUUGCAAUACAAUAGCAGCAUUCAUCGGGAACAAGUGUCAACGUUGUACCAACUCUGAGAAGAAAUAUGGUCCUCCGGUGACUUGUGAACAGUGCAAACAAAAAUGUGCUUUUGAUAGGAAAGAUGAAGAUAAGAAGGUCGAUGGUAAACUUCUUUGUUGGCUGUGCACACUGUCAUACAAAAGAGCUCUUGCCAAGACAAAGCAAACAGAUGCCGAAAGAAGAGCUCACCUGAAACUUGCAGCCCAACGAGCCGCAAAGGGAAAAGAUAUUAAGCACAAAAGUCACAGCAAGCGACCGCAUCGUGUUGAUGUUACUAAACUUACUGCUGCUCCAGAUGGCAUGGACAAAUCAGAUGGCAUUCCUCCAGCUAAACUUGCUCGCUCCUCAGGAAACAGUAGGGGAGAUCCACUUGAUCCGAAUUCUUCAGACCAUGUUGUUGCGAUGACACAGCUCAAAGAACAAAUUGCAUCUCUGCAGAAACAGCUCACGCAAAAGGAUGCCCUGCUGCUUUCUAAAGAUAAACAGAUGACAGAGCUCAAGGCGAAACAUUUUACCACUGAGAGUGAGUUGAGGAAUAAAAUGAAGACAAUGCAGAAGGAGCAUGACAACAAAGUGGAACAGUUACACUUGAAGGUUAAAUCACUGCAGAAGGAAGUAGCAACACUUUCCAAGAGCACAAAGAGGCAAGGUCUACUUGCAAAUAAGGAUGGUCUAAGUGGUGGUGGCACAGGCAGCGGUAGCGGCACCGACAGUCCGUCACUUGCUUGAUUUAUCUGCAUCAGUGACAUUCCCAUGACCAAAGGCUCCAUAACAAGUCCAUCUGAUCUAUUUUAUUGUGGUAUGUGUAUUGCAUUUCUUCAUUUGGCAUAAUGAAGAGGGACAUCUGUUACUCAGUUAUUUUUUGUGAACUGUAAUCUCUUAAGUCUUUUAUGACAAGCCAAUACGUACCAGAAAGAUUUAAUCCACAUAAUCAUACCUGUAAAUGUACUGGUAGUGAUAUACCAGGUGUCAUUUUUAUCUUUUGUGAUGCUGAGCCUGUGUUCUUUAUCUAUUGGGCAUCCAUCACAGACAUUUUGAACUUCAUUGGGUAAUUAAAAAAAAAACACACUUUUAUGUUCAUAUUUUAUCAUUUGUGAUCGCAGUUUUUUUACUUUAUUGUACUAUUCAUGUGAAUUUUUUUAAAUGUUGCCCUUACGAUACUUUUGAUGAUUUUAGUAAUUUAGCAUAUUUUUAUAGUUUCACACAUUCAGAUCAAUCAUAAAAAAUGUACCUGAAACUAUUCUAGAGUCCAGCCCUAGAAAAUCAUUUUACCUUUUCAGGCCUUUAGCAAUGGUAUUUAGAGUUUUUUAAGAAAAUAAUGCAAAAAAAAUAUUUGUGGUGACAUGUAGUUUUGGCUGUUAAAAAUAUAAAAUUUAUUGAUACAAGUGAUACACUAACUAUGGAGUAUUUAUUUGUAACAUCCCCAUGUAACUCAUUCCAACCCUUAAGUCAGGUUGGUGCCAUUUCUUACAAGUGAUUUUGAAUGUUACAUCAUAACAUAAAUAUUAAUUACUUUUAUAUAUUUCUCUAUUGUAAUGUUGUGCCCUGAAUUGUAGAGGCAAGUAAUUUAAUUUUGAGAUUUGGCCUAUUGGAAUACUGAUGUUUUGGAAUGUGCAGUGUGUGGGAAUUUGAAACUAAAGCGAAGAAAGAAAAUUCAAGAUGCUUGGCAACUUUGACAGCAUUCUCUCUUAUGAUUGACACUUCAUGCAACAGAUGCAAUGUAGAUAUGGUUAAUUUUUAUGCUUAUGGCUUCCGUAUAAUUUUGUUAAUUGAGUCUAAGUGUGGGCAUAAAUUAUAAUUGUUUGUGUUUAUCAAGUAAAUUUCCCUGGAAGUGUCACGUGUUAAAACCUCAUUUACAGAUCCAUGCAAAAGACAGAGGUCUAACAUUGUAUGAAAGUAAGGAAGGACAGAAAUGUUAAGGAGUGUAUUAUGUUUACUGUUUGGAGAUCAUUGAGAAAAUAGUAAGAUAUUCAUGUAGGACAAAUUGUCCUGUUUUCUCCCUUAAUAAAUUGAAGAGUCACUGUAGUUACUUGCAGAAUAUCUGUUCUUCCCAUAAGUAUUGUUUCUAAAUUAAUUUGGUCCGUCUAUUGCUCAUUCUGCCUGUCAGUGUUUGGCAUAUUUAUCAGUUGCCUUCACCAUAUGUGUGUUUUCACAUGUUCAUGUGUGGAAAGAAUGUUAUUUGUAUUUUUAUCCAUGGAGUAUUUCAUGACAUAAAGGCAAUAUUUUAAAACUUUUAAAACCAUAUUUCUGUUUAGAUCUAAAGAUUACACAGAUUAAAAUGUGGAGACAAAUCACUAAACAUCAUCCAGAAGUGUUAGGUGGCAGGUAUGCUGUAUAAGAAUGAUGAUAGCAGCUUAAUCUUUCAAAAAUGCUGUUUGUUGUUGUAGUAUAUGGACAAAUGCAACAUUUUCAUAUUCUCAGACAGUUCUCUAUGGUGGUGGAGGUAUGUCCUCCACUGUUUUCAUUAUUCUCCAUCCAGGAUUUACCAUUACACGUAUUAAAAUACAAGUCUGUUUAAAUAGUGCUGAGUGAGAACUAACUCCUGUUUAUGAAGAAUGUAGCAAUUAAGUGACUUAACAUUUUUGACUUCACAGAAUUACGUAUAGAAAUUUUUAAUCAAUGCUCAUUUUAUUCACAAAUGUAUACCCCCUUCUUUAUUAGUAGAGAGGAAGAAUUACAAAAAGUUUGCUGCUAUGAUAUUUGUGUGAUAGUAGUAAGAAGAGAUGAAUGGUUUGUCAUAGGUUGAUGCUAAUGACAUUCAGUACCUAUUUUAUAGAGUUAUUGCAUUAUUACAUGAAGAAUUGCUUAGGCAAUCUAAUUUCAUGUACCUGUUAUUUUCUCUUCCCUAAAAGAUCACUGGAUGGCACCUACUACAUAACUGUAUGGCAAAAUGGCAAUGGCUAUCAUGUGCUUGAAAUCGGUUUUUGCUCAUGUCAUAUCCUUAUGUAUCACAUUCUUAAUGUAUAAAAUUGUGAGUUAUCAAUUUUUUUCCAAAAUUUUGUGUUAAGUUGAUAAUCUGGUGUAUUUUUCUUUUAAAAACUGUAACCAUUAAUUUUAAUGCUCUGUGUCCUUGUUUUGGCAUUGUUAGUGUUUUUUGAGUAAAUGAUUGUUGUGUAAAGAGCAGUAUAAUUAAUAUUUGCAAUGUAGUUUUAAUUAGGUACAUAGAAUGUAUUGAUAAUUAAGUAGCAACAGUAUAGUAAAUGGCAUGGCCCUCAAGCAAUUGUUUGCACGUUUCUGAUUCAAUGUAACUUUGUAACAUGUAAUUGUCUAAAUUCCCUUUUGUUGCUUGGGGGUCAUAUUGCAGUAUUAAUUUUGAUACAUUGCUUCAGAGAAUAAUUCUGUUUUUGAUGUGAACAUUAUUUUACUAUGAGUGGACGUCAUACCUGUUUUUUGGUAUUAGUUCCUGCAUAAAAUAUGAUUGACUUCAUUAGGACUUCACAGAAAACAGUGUUUUGGAACACAUUUUUUCAAGCAUGAUAGCAGGAAACUUCUUUUCACAAUUCAAUAUUUAUGUUAUUGCAUACUCAUUUCAUAAUGCUUUGAUACGACAUAACAUGCUUAGUAACUUCUGCUAAACAAAUGUGUGUACUAAGAGAUAUUUCUUUUGCCUCUGUUAAAAUAUUGUCCUAUUUGAAGAUUGUGUCCACAUUUUAUGUCACCACGCCACUGUUACAUGACCAUUAUUUGUGUGUGUUUAUGGGCGGAAGUAAAUUGCCGUACUCAUUGCAGUUACACUAGAACUUCAGUAGCUUAGAAAUGUAAGAGGUCUCUGCAGUUUUUGCCUAGCUGUAAUACAUUUCUGCACAUGAUUGGGUAUAACUGUCCAAGUUGUAAUUAGAAGAAUCUGACAUGUUUUCAUUUUUGGAAGUUGUGAAGAUAUUUUUUUAAGUUUUCAUUAAUCAUGUAUGCAGUCUUUAGAAUAAUGCAAGAAGACAGCCUAUAGUCCAUUCUGUUGUUGGAAAAAUAAUAAAUACUUUAACUUAUUGCAAUUUUAAUAUUAUAAAGUUGGCUCUUUCUGUAAUUUACACUUGACUCCACUGAUUCCAAGUCAAAUGCCUGAAAAUCUAUUUAAAACUAAAUUUUUAUCAUAGUCACCUUGUGUGUAAUUUUGUGUCAGUGUUAGAAAUGUUUCGAUCUCUAUGAAUUUAUUAGUUGUAACAUCACAAACAGGAGUGUGUGUGUGUGUGUUAGUUGAUAUAGUGUCAGUAUCUAAAAUGUGACAUACAUUUUAUUACAAUUUUUUUUAUUCCUUUGCCUGAAGAGCCAAUAUUUAAGAGUUUAACUUGCAUGCAGUCUUAACAUAUAAAUUGUAACAUUAUUGUUCAGUUUUCCUCCUAAGAUACUGUCAUUGCAUUUCAUGUGCCUGUAUAGCUAUCCAUUUUGUGUGUGACUGCUUUGUUUCUUUUACCAGAUUCUGUGAUGAAAAACGUGUAUGAACUAUUCUCAGGGAUUGAACUAUAUGUCAUAAUGUAUAGACAUACGUUCUAUAUCUCUCUCCUUAUAUGUAGAUUUUUCAUAUAUGUGUUGGCACAGCCCAUCCCUCUCUUCAAGCAAUCUGCAGACCACAGAGGAAACACUGACAGAUUUGCAGUCACUUCAGAUUAAGACGUCUGUUCUAGAUUGAGACAGCAUUCUAAAAUCAUGUUAUUGUCUCCAGUUACUUGCAAUCUCUGUAUGCAGCUUGGCAGAUUAUGUUGGUUGAUGAGAAUGAAAGGUUCAAGUCUGUGUUGCAGUUAUAUGUCUGGUUGGCUGCAUUCCCCACUGUUAUAUUACACACAGUUAACAUGUGUACAGUCCAUAGUUACUGAUUUGACAGUUAUCAGUAGUAUGAUUAUAAAGGAAACAUUGAAGAAAUCCUCUAACAUUACUGCUUGUACUCUUAUUUUUGAAUGAAGUAAUUGACUCUUGAACUAUAAAUUAUUUCCAAUCCUCCCACUCCCUUUCAGUUAUCUAGCUAUUUUAGAUAGAUACAGAUUUUGCGGUAGAUACUUCUAAGAUUUGUAUUGUAUCCUUUCAGCAACUUUUGGAAAAUCAGAUUUAACACUAGCUGUGGCAGGCGAAGGAACUCCACCCCACCCCACCGCACCCCUCUCCUCUCCUCUCCUCUCCUCUCCUCCCUAAUGGCAGUACUAAAAAAAAUUGUAUGGCUGAGAAAAGUGUGUUCAUGGUGACACUGUAAAGAAACAAUAGAGCACUUACUGAAUUAUGUCUUUGUGCCAAACUCAAGAUUAUUGAUUUGUGGGGUAACAGUAAAUAUGAGAACAGCAGAACUGUUGGAAAGGAAAAAUUUAACAGUUUACAGAAAUAAUUGGUAAAACAAAGCAAGAAUUCAAUUAAGUUUUGAUUGUAGAGGAUUCAAACAAUGAAAAAUCUAAGAUGGAGUGUGACAAUAUUACGGAAAAGAUAGUUGCUACUCACCAUAUAGCAGAGAUGCUGAGUUGCAGAUAAGCACAACAAAAAGACUGUCAGAAAAUCAGCAUUCAGCCAACAAGGUUUUCAUUGGAAAUAGACAAUGUAUACACACACACACACACACACACACACGGUUGUGUACGUUUGAGUUGUGUUUGCAUGAGAGAAUGUUGGUAUAUCUUGUCUAUUUCCAACAAAUGCCUUGUUGGCUGGAAGCUCACUUUUUGAGUCUUUUUGAUGGUUCUAUCUGCGACUCAGCAUCUCCGUUAUAUGGUGAGUAGCAAUUUUCCUUUUCAUAAUAUUAUAGAGGAAUUACCACACGAGGGAAAAUGUUUUGUGUACAAGCUGAAACAACAGCAUUCAAAUGACAUAUCCUCAAUAAUGGGACAUAAUUUACAUUGUAAUGCUUUUUGUUUUGUUUUUGCUGUAAUCUUGGUUUCUGUUAUGUUUUUGUCCAUCAAUUGAACAUUGUCUUACCAACCUUUUUAGUUCUGUUUUGUGUUAUAAGAUCAGGGAUAGGGAAACAGUUGUUGCAUUGGAGGCAUUGAGAAAUCUUUGAUUUCCACAUAAUAUGAUUGUUUACUCCCAAUUCUCACAUUUUCCAACACCAAAUGCUACUUGUAGUGCCUACUUUCUGUAAAAGUUUUGUAUUUGUAAUUUAUAUUUUCUUCAUUUUCUCAUUAUCAACCUGUUGCCUGUGAAAUAUUGUUUGAAUCUGUAAAUGAUAUGUACAUAAUAUACCGCAAUGCUUUGUUAGUCAUGUUUUCUGCAUUGUAGACAAUGUUAAAAUUUUUUCUGUCAUAUUGACUUCUGUGGCAUUGAAGUAAAUGUAUCACUUCUUCAUUUGCUCGCAAUGUCUUAAAGAUGAAGGAAAAACUCUUUAUCGGAUACUUAAAAAAUGUUUUGUAUUAAUAUUGUUGUUAAAGAAAUUAUGUUUACAGGCACUACACCAAGACCUGUUAAGGCUGACAUUCCUGAUGUGGCAGGCAUUAACUCACCUUCCACAAAAACAUUGGUUUUUGCCCCCUAAAUUGUUUUUGUUUCACUUCCUUUCCUAAGAUGUUUUCUUUCAGUUUUCUUUUCUAAAAUGGUUUGUAUACUCACAUACUGACUUCAUAUUGUACUACUUUUGAGACAGUGCAAUGGUGUAUUUCAAAUAACAGGAUGUCUUAAAAUUAUAUUGUUUAGAGAUAUUACAUUUUCUGUCAUUUCAUCCCUUUUUAGUGGUAAAGCAUAUAUUAGAUCUAUGAAUAUUUAUUUAUUACAGGUCAGAAAAGUGAAAUGUAUUUAAAUAUGAUGUAGUCUAAAUUUUAUUGUUGUGUGGAAGAUGUGCUUAAGUGUACCUGUUGUUUAUGAGCAAUUUAAUAAAUGAUCUUGUAUGGCCAAGACCUGAUUUCUUUGCAACAGA